AAACAGAACUGACAGCCAGCCAAUCAUCAUUGAGGAAUUCACAACCUCCGACAACAUCGAGAUCAUUUUUCCGCAGACUUUAUUGAUUGAUUCAAACAACAUCUGUAAAACCACACCACCCCCUUUAACAGAUAGAACAGUAAAGAAUGCAAGAGCUUCGAAAAAUCUCAAACACUGUGCAUAGUCCAUAAAAAAAUCACAAAGUCGCUGGAUUUGGAUGUCGGUAUAGCGUGCACUAUACUUUGCCAUCAGUUUUGUCAUCUUUACCGGUCUCCGACUUCCUCUUUCCGUAAUAAGACACAAUGGCGUCUGGAACUCUGUACACGUACCCAGAGAAUUUCCGGGCUUACAAGGCCCUAAUUGCGGCCCAGUACUCCGGUGCUCAGCUGAAAAUCGCUGAGGACUUCGUUUUUGGGGAGACUAAUAAAUCUGAAGGGUUUCUGAAGAAGUUCCCACUGGGAAAGGUCCCAGCGUUUGAAUCAAAGGAUGGAAAAUACCUCACAGAGAGCAAUGCGAUUGCCUACUAUGUGGCAAAUGAGCAACUGCGUGGAAAGACUGAAGCUGAACGUGCUGAGGUGAUUCAGUGGCUGGGCUUUGCUGAUUCUGAGAUUCUUCCUGCGAGUUGUGCUUGGGUAUUUCCACUUUUGGGAAUAAUGCCGUCCAACAAACAGACCAUUGAACAUGCUAAAGAGGAUGUAGCAAAAGUCCUGACUGCCCUGAACGUCCACCUCCUACCCAAAACCUACUUAGUCGGUGAGCGUAUCACCCUUGCUGACAUCAGUGUGGCAAUGACCCUUCUCCACCUAUACCAGUAUGUUCUGGAGCCAAAACUUCGCCAGCCUUACCAGAACGUUAACAGAUGGUUCCAGACCAUUGUUAAUCAACCAGAAGCCAUAAAAAUCAUCGGAACAUUCAAAUUGGCUGACAAAACCCUAGAGUAUGAUCCCAAGAAAUUCGCCCAGUCACAGGGAAAGUCAAAGAAGGAGAAAGAGCCCAAGGAGAAGAAAGAAGCACCCAAGAAGGAAAAGAAGGAGGAGCCAGCUGAGGAGCUUGAUGCUGCUGAUGCUGCUCUCGCUGCGGAGCCUAAACCCAAGGAUCCCUUUGAUCUGUUACCCAAAGGUACCUUCAAUAUGGACGACUUCAAACGGUGCUACUCUAAUGAGGACGAGGCUGUAUCAGUUCCCUACUUUUGGGAGAAAUUUGACCCUGAGAACUACAGCAUCUGGUUCGGCGAGUACAAGUACAACGAUGAAUUGACCAAGACUUUCAUGUCUUGCAAUCUCAUCAGUGGUAUGUUCCAACGUCUUGACAAGAUGAGGAAAGCAGCAUUUGCCAGUGUCUGUCUAUUUGGAACUGACAAUGACAGCUCUAUUAGUGGUGUUUGGGUUUGGCGUGGACAAGAUCUUGCAUUCACAUUAAGCCCAGACUGGCAAGUCGAUUACGAUUGUUACAACUGGAAGAAACUUGACCCCAAGGACCCCCCAACAAAGGAACUUGUUGACAAAUACUUCAGCUGGACAGCCAGCGACAGCCAGGGGCGCAAGUUCAAGGAGGGCAAGAUUUUUAAAUAAAAUCCGUCAUACGCUUUACAAUAAGAGGGACAAAUCUUUAUUCAACGCGAAAUAAACAUUGAAAAAUAAUAUCAUCAAAUCACUCAUUUUUAUCGAUUAUGAACUUCUCUCCUCCUCGCCCCUCCCCCCUCCGCCAUUUUUUAUUGCUAAAUGAUGGAUUGUUAUUUUAAUUAAAAAUGAAAAUUUGAACAAGA